AUGACGCUGCGUUCGAUCUCACCCGUCAUCGAAGGUCUCGUCAGCGAGCUCGAGCCCAGCUUGAACGCUUCGUUCGUCGUCUUUGCGGACCUGACGCUCACGAUGCUGCCGCAAGACGCUUCCGAGAUGCUCUCGAGAUCGCCCGGUAAUUCCAUCAACUUUGUCGUCGCUGGCGACGCCGCCACGAUCCUCUCCAAUGCACAAGCGCUUCAAGCGGCGCAGGACAUCACGCUCACACCGCUUCCGACUCUGUCCAAGACCGAGUGGUACCCGUAUCUGCAGCUCCAGUGUCCGUAUACCCUCGCGCCGCUGCCCGCGACCAUCCAGCGCAUUGCGAUCGCAGCCUUCUUCUCUCGCCCGCUCGACAGCGUCCAAGUUGUGGCCUCGUCGGCGACGACGACGAC